CGCUCCCCCUGUGGUUAUAGAUUAGUUAGCUACAGGAGCUAGCAGCUCUUUUUUUUACGACACUUUCAAAGACGUGAUUUCUCCAAAAAGGCUCCAUUUCGGUGUGUGUUUUUACGGGAGGUUGCCUAACGCCACAUUUUCGCUGACUGUGUUUUCUCUCCUUAAGGAGAAAAGGCUGAACCAUGUACAAUGGUAUUGGCCUGACAACUCCUCGGGGCAGCGGCACCAAUGGCUACGUGCAGCGUAACUUGUCAAGCCUGAGGGUCAAGCAGCCUCGAGAUGACCGGGGUGGUGAGCGGGAUGAGAAGGACCGGGAAAGGCUGGAGAGUCAGCUCAACAGGCAGCCCAAUGCUGACAUCCUGGAGCAUCAACGCAAGAGGCAGCUGGAGGUCAAAUGCGCUGAGCUGCAGGACAUGAUGGAGGAACAAGGGUAUUCUGCAGAGGAGAUUGAAGAGAAGGUGAACAGUUUCCGCUUGAUGCUGCAGGAAAAGCAGGAGCCACCUCCUACCACUGGUCAGAAACCAGCUGUGACAGAAACUCAUGCCUUGGCAGCAGCCAACCAGCAGAAGAACGACAGACUUCGUGCUGCUUUUGGCAUCUCCAGUGACUACGUGGAUGGAUCGUCCUUCCACGCUGACCGCAAGGAGAAAGAGAAAGAGAAGAGAGAGCAGGAGCGCAUAGAGAGGGAGAAGCUGCAGCAGCAGAAAUAUACGUUGGUGGAAGUUUCAGAUGAUUCGGAUUCUCCCCCCAAGAAGCGCAGUCGAAAGAAGAAGAAGAAAAACAAGAACAGAGAGAGCAGCUCAGAGAGCUCCUCUCCAUCACCUCACAGAGAGAAGAAAAGAUCCAAAAAGAAGAAAAAGAAACGUGAGGUAUCUGAAGAUGAAGAUGACAGUUCUUCAGAUGAGAAAAAGGAAGUAUCCAAGAAGAAAAGGAAGAGUGAAAGUCCAAGUCCCCCGAAAACUAUAUCUGGUCGACACCGAAGUGUCUCCUCCAGCUCUGCUCACAGCAACCAGUCUCCACAGAGAUCACGACAACAGGUUCAAACUUCAAGAAACAUUGAUGAGGGAAGAAAGGGGCGAUCGCCAGAGAGGAGGAGACGUGGUUAUGAGGAACACAGCCCGCAACGUCAAGAAGGGAGGAAGACCAAUCGUGAGAGAGAAAACAAGCGUCAGAGAGAGACGGAGAAAACCUCGAGGAGACGGGAUUCCUUAUCACCUCCCCCUCAGCCACAAACGAAAAUCCUGGAGAGGGAAAGGGGAAGAAGAUCCAGAAGCAAACAGAAGGAGAGUGAUAAAGGGAGGCGUUCAAGGAGUGUUGAGAUGGAGAAAAGGAGGCGCUCCAGGAGCAUAGAGGUGCAAAAGAGGAGGCGCUCCAGGAGCAUAGAGAUGGAGAAAAGGAGGCGCUCAAGGAGCAUGGAGAUGGAGAAGAGGAGCAUGGAGAUGGAGAAGAGGAGCAUAGAGAUAGAGAAGCGGAGCAUAGAGAUAGAGAAGAGGAGGCGCUCAAGGAGCAUAGAGAUGGAGAAGAGGCGGCCAUCCAGAAGCAGAGAAAAUGAAGGGGAAAAGGGGAGGCGCUCAAGGAGUACAGAUAAGGGAGACAAAAGAAAGGACAAUAUAACUCAAAGGACCAGACAUGAUUCCUCUUCAUCCUCCUCUUCUCCUCCUCCUCCUAAACAAGGACCUAGGGGAGAGAGGACCAAAGAGACAGAGCAAGAAAAGACCAGGAAUAAAGAGGACAAAAAGAAGAGACAUGAUUCCUCAUCUCCUUCACCUCCCCCUGAAAAGGAGAGGGCAAGAAAGAAGAGUGGGGAAAGGGAGCACUUGACUGAAAGGGACCUUCAUUCCAGCUCAAGAACACAAAAGGAAAGGAACAACAGAAAAGAUGAUUCCAAGAAGCAAAAAGAAGAAAAUUCUCCCUGCGAGUUACGUGACAGGGGUAGACCCCAGUCCCGUGGCUCGCUGUCACCCUCCUCCCGCUCACCAGUUGCCAAUGGACGCCAGAAAGAGAAAGAGAGGAGCCAAGGAGCAGACCAGGAGAGGUCUAAAGAGAGGACGAAGUAUGUCAACAAGCAGAGGGAGCAAGAGAGAGGGAGGAGAGAUGAAGUAGAAGUCCAAUCAUCUGCAGAAGGCAGAAGGGAUGGAUCAAAAUCUUAUGAAAGGCUCCAGAGUGACAAACCAGAGUUGAGCGAGAGGCACACAAAGACUAAAAGCCCUGUAAGAGAGAAGAAGCGUGAAGAAGAGACGAAACAGGCAAAAAGACGAAGCAGCAGCAGCAGCAGCAGCAGUAGUAGCAGCAGUGCUAGUGGCAGUGGCAGUAGCAGCAGCAGCAGUAGCAGCAGCGACAGUGAUAGUGACAGCUCUUCAUCUUCCUCUUCAUCUUCCGCCUCAGCAUCAUCCUCUGAAGAUGAAGGUGAAACCAAGAAAGCUGUUUCAGAAGAACAGGAAAGAAGCGGCACACAGAAAUCUGCUGUCGGAGCAGCAGUCGAAAGGUUUUUAGCCAAUGGUAGGAAGGAAGGCUCAGCCUCUGCUUCUGGAAGCGACGUAGCCAGACGAUCCCAGAGAGACAGAGAUGCUGGAGGGGAAAAGUUUGAGAGGGAACGAUCAUCCCAAAGAGCUCCUGCAGAAGAUUACCCGCCCCCAACAAAAGGGCAGGAACGUUACAGUCCCACACAGAUAGACAGCCCCAGUCCACCUCCCUCCCCACCCAGGAGAGCAGGGAACCGAGGAAGCAGCAGGUCCUCUCCUCCUGUGGCAAAGGCUGUGGAAAGGGAGAGAGAGAGGGACCGGGAUGGAACCAGGAGAACGAUGAGGUCGAGCCCACCAGCCAGGAAGUCACCACCUGUCCAUCAUAAGACUUCUGCACCCUCCCCAGCUCGUCGCACCCCCCCAAAACAGUACCAAGAACCCCCGCCACGGUCUAGAAGAGCUUCUCCUCCAGCCUGGUCAGACCGGGAAAGAGAGAGGCACAGGGACAGAGAACGGGUGAAAGUUUUCCCAAGGUCCAGAUCCAGAAGUCCAAGGCGGCUCCCCAGAUCUAGGUCCAGAAGUCCAAGGCGGGUCAUGAGAUCUAGGUCCAGAAGUCCAAGGCGGCUCAUGAGAUCUAGGUCCAGAAGUCCUAGGCGGGUCAUGAGAUCUAGGUCCAGAAGUCCUAGGCGGGUCAUGAGAUCCAGGUCCAGAAGUCCAAGGCGGCGCAUCAAAUCUAGGUCCAGAAGUCCAAAGAGGCGAAGCAGAUCCUCAUCGAGAACUCAAAGAAGACCAAGUCCUCCCAGAAGGUUCCGCCGGUCUGCUUCUCCACAACAGAAGCAGAAGACCAGUCGCUCACUGUCGAGGGAGAGAGAGAGGGAGAGGGGGAACGAGAGGGCUAGACUGAGGGAUGCACAGCAAGUGAGAGAGAGGGUAAAGGAGCAUGUACAUCCUAAAGAGGUUCCCCAGCCCCGCAGGUCGUCCUCUUCCUCAUCUUCUUCCAGCUCCUCAUCUUCCUCUUCCUCCUCACCUUCGCCACCACAAGAAACUAGAGACACAAAAGCACCAACCGAGAGAGAGCAGAAGAAAGAUGGAGAGGAGGCCCAGCGACCGGACAGAGAGCAGAAAAGCCGUUCCUCCUCCUCCUCACAGGGCCCCUCCAGAGACUCGUUCCCUGCUCCGUCCUCAGGCAGGAGAGGGUCACAGUCCGACUUGCAGCACUCCGACGUGCAGCACUCCGACUUGAGCUCCAGAAGAGGUCCGGCUGGCCAGUCAGACGCCACUCGGCCCUCGCAAGGUCCAGGCAGAAAACAGUCACCGCCUGCAGCUCGUCAGCCGGCUGAACAAGUAGUCAAAAAAGACGCCGCUGUGAACGGGUCUGAGGCGAAUGCAAGCAAGAAAGCCAGCAGGAGCAGCAGCUCAAGUUCCUCUUCAUCCUCCUCCUCGUCAUCCUCCUCCUCUUCUUCUUCAUCUUCUUCAUCCUCAGACAGCUCUGACUCUGAAGCCGAGCAAGAAAAAGGGAAAGUAGAGAACGUCAAAAGCUCUUCAUCCUCAUCUUCUUCUGAAGAUGAAAAGAAAAAGAAAAAGAGCCCUGCGAGGCCUGGCCGGGUGCCUGCCGAUUCACUGAGAGAAUCCCGCUCACUCAGUUAUUCUCCUCCCAGACACAUCAGGGCGGCGCGACCCUCACCCAGCUGCAAGUCAGUGAGUGGCAGCAGACAGUCACUAAGCAUCAGCCGAAGAAGAUGAGCCAACACUUUUAGAUGCCUCACUUCCUCUUCUUCUGUGUCGUCUCAACUGCACAACACGGACUGCAGAGCCAGCGGUCGGUGGAUUAUGACCGUCACAUGCAGUCAUCAUCAUUGUAUUUUUUUGUAAGCAGUGAUAAUGCAGGGCUGCUGUUUCUUUUUAUGAGCUGAGUAGGAACCCUUCACAUACAGUUUAACUUUACUCUUAACACUGCUUCUCUGUACUUGUACUGAUUGUUGUGUUCUACCUGUAGAUAUGAGGUGUCAGUAAUUUGGUUAUUACCAUGUAACGGAUAUCCGAUUUCAGUGUAAUGUGAACAGAAAAUGAAACGUGGUUGAUUUUCUUUGUUGAAACUGAUUUCAUCUUGAAAAAUAAAAGGUAAUUGUACAUUUUA